AUGGCGGACCGUCAAGAGGCCAACGAGGUUGGCGAGCACUUCCACAGCGUCCCUGGCACGGAGAUUCUGUUCGAUGAUGUGUCCAAGCAUGGGGCCAUCGCCGAUCGGCUUCACCAGUUGAAGCACCGCACCAAGGGCGACUCGCGCAUGCUGCUUGUGCCGCAGCCGUCUGUGAACGACCCGAAUGAUCCGUUGAGAUGGCCGGCGUGGAAGAAGCAUUUGACGUUUUUCAAUGCCUGCUGGUAUGCGUUCAUGGGCGCAAUUACAGGCCCGAUCAUGGCAGCUGGAAUGGAGGAACUGUCCGGGACUUUUGGGAAGACACUGCAGACACUGACCUACGCGAAUGGAGCGUGCCUGAUCAACCAGGGCGUGUGGAACUGUGUCUGGAUGCCCUUCGCCGUCAAGUAUGGCCGGCGUCCGAUAUACCUGUUCUCGAAUGUGCUGAUGGGCAUCGCCUGUAUCUGGCUCGCCAUCGCAUCCAACAAGACCUACCUCGUCUUCAUCGUCGGGCGUGCCUUUCUCGGAGCCUUCCAGGCACCGAUUGAAUCAAUUGUCCCCUCGACCGUGACGGAUAUCUUCUUCCUACACAACCGGGGGGAGCUCGUGGCUAUCUACGGUCUCGCCGUGCUGGGAGGCAACGAGCUCGGCCCCAUGUUCUCUGGGCUGAUCGUGCAAGCCCUCGGGAUGAGCUGGGCGUUCUGGAUCGUGGCGAUAUUCGUCUUCGUCAAUGCGAUCUGCAUGGUGUUUCUCAUGCCCGAGACCAAAUACACUGGUUCGCGCCCGAACCCCUUCGCCUCCGCUCCAUCGACCGCAGACGGCGAGCAAAAGGAGCACGUCCUCAUCGAGGAAUCCAGCCCCAUCCCCAAGAAGACGUUCCUCGAGGAGCUCAAAUUCUGGAGCUCAGGCGAUCCCAACGUCAAUCUCACCCACAUCUUCCUGCGACCGUUCGUGCUACUCGCCUAUCCCACCGUCGUCUGGUCUUGCUUCGUCUACGGCCUUGCCCUCAGCUGGAACGUGAUACUCGGCGCCAUCGUGGCCCAACUCUUCAGCCCACCCCCUUACAACUUCAACCCGAGAGCGCAAGGCCUGUUCUUCCUCUCGCCCUUCGUGGGGUCCUUAUUCGGGGUCUUCUUCUCCGGCCCCGUCAGUGACUGGAUAGCGAACUACUUCACAAAGCGCAACCGCGGGAUCCGCGAGCCGGAAAUGCGUCUGCCAACGUGUCUACUCGCUGCAGUCUUCACCUUCUUCGGGGCGCUGUGGUUCGCGCUCUCGUACCAGCACCAGAUGCACUGGGCCAUGCCGGUGGUGGGGGCCGGGAUCCUGUCGGUGGGGAGCCAGAUGGGGACGACGCUGGGGAUGAACUAUGCAUUGGACUGUCAUAAGGAGCUCUCCGUCGAGGUGAUGAUCACCAUUGCAGCGCUGAAAUCCUGCAUCGCGUGGAUUUGGACGUGGGUGAUCAAUGACUUUAUUGACGCCAGCGGGCUGCUGUCGGUGUUUAUGACUGUGGCUACGAUUAAUGUGGUUAUCUACCUGUUCUACCUGCCCUUCUACCUCAAGGGCAAGGAGAUGCGGAUCUGGCUGCACAACAAGAAUUUCCUCCAGACAGCUGGACUCAUGUAG